AUCAGUUUAAAAGAAUUUCAAUUCCAUUACUGAAAGAUACAUCGUUGAAGAUACAUCAUUGAGGACAAAUUCUAAAUGAGUGGUACGGAUUAUAAAUCAGUAAUGGACGGUACAAAUUUGUUGCCAUUGGAAAAUGAUGUUGUUGUCGCAGAGCACAACAAUAUUGGUAACAACUGUCCUGUUUGUUUAAACGAAAUUAAAAUAUAUUCCAUUCCGAACUGCAAUCAUCCACUUUGUCUGGAUUGUGCCACUCGUAUGAAGUUCUUGCAUAAUGACAAUUGCUGCCCACUUUGUCGAGGUGAUAUUUGCUUUCCAUUGAUAACAGAUAUGAAAGGCCCCUAUAACGAGCUGAAAACAACACAUUUUGAUACGAUUACUUACAGUCAUAAACAUAAAGUUCAGUUUUUGAACAAGAAAGUAAAAAAUGUAUUCCACAAAAUGACUGAUCACAAAUGUCCCAAAUGUACUGCACGGCCAUUCGAAAGUUUUGUAAAAUUACGAUCUCAUAUGGCGGCCAUACACAAAUUACAUUAUUGUGAAUUGUGCAUCAACUACAUUGAUAUGUUCUCUAAUGAACGCAAAUAUUACUCCAAGGAACAAUUAGUGGAUCACAACGAAAAUGGCGAUGAAGGUGAUCUAACAGAAGGUGGUCAUCCAACAUGUGUAUUCUGUGCCAAACGAUUUUUUGGAAUAAAUUUUCUAUUUCUUCAUUCCCUCGUGUGCCAUUAUUACUGCUCUUUGUGCGCUGAACAAAAUGAAUAUGUUGUAACUGAAUCCCAUGAGGAUUUAGUCGAACAUAUCGAUCGCAAUCAUUUUCCCUGUUUGUUUGAAGAAUGCGAUAAAAUAUUUCCAACUGUAGCUCAUUAUUUGAGACAUAUGGAUAUAAUUCAUUCGAUCGAACCACAGACUAUAUAUCCACAGAAGAAGCGUAAAAACUUUUUUGAUAUAACACAGAACCGAAUCAGUAAGUAUAAAGUAAUAGUUGAUUUGAGCCAACGUGAGAUUCUUGAGAACUGGACUAAACCAACAAUUCAAGGAGAUUAUGAGAUAUCUCGUACAAAAUCGACACAAACGUCGGAAUCUCAUCAAAUGUUUGACAUUGACAAUGAAAUGCAAUUCCCUCCUCUUGGAUGUAAGUCACGUGACAUUAAGAAGAAAAAUAAACAAUGCACGGUACCAGUUCCUUACACUUGCUCAAUCCUCACAAAUAAUGGUGAAAGCGAAACUGCAACAACUUCUAAGCCAACCUAUGCGGAGGUAGCUCUCUCAUUUGGCUCUAAGUUUUAGAGUGGCUGAGAAACUUCAAUAUUCCACUAUUAAAUCAAUAGUUACAACCAAAUUCUACAUAUUUUAAAAAAUGCACAUGUACAAAAUGAUUGUUUCCGAAAAUUAGAGCUCAUGGAAUUUAUUCACCUGAGAGAAUUACCAAAAUAGAUUCACAAUUCAGUAAUACAUCUAUUGAAUGUUCCGUACAGUCUAGCAAGAAGAAGAAGAUGUCUGCACCAAACAUAACGAUAACGACAUGAAACUUUUAUUUUAUACUUUAAAUUUUUUUUGUGAUAAUUUAUUGGAAAUCUUAAAUAUUUGGUUGUUAUGUUGUUUUAAGCUGUUAUUACAGAUAAUUUAUUUAUAAUUGAUUUUUGACCAACUCUAUUUUUUAAGGCGAUUGUUUGUUAGUAUUGUUUGUUAAUGGUUAAAGGCUAAUAA